ACGAACAAUGAAGAUACAAGUACAAACAUUAGCCCCACAAGAACUGUGGCAAUUGACAAUGGAAAAACUGGGCGAUGAUUUAUUAGCUCUGAUAAUCAAUAGGAUUCAUGAUCCUGCCUAUAGAAAGUCCAUUUCUCAAGUUUGUAAGCAAUGGUUCAGAAUUGAAGGCUUAACUCGAUCAUCUGUACGUGUUUUUGAACCCAAUCUUCUCCUUAAUUUCCUUCCAAGAUUCCCUAAUUUGCUCAAAUUUGAAUCAUCCGAACAUAUCACAAAUACCCAUCUUGAAAUCUUGGCUGAAAAUUGCCCAAGAAUCCAAGUUCUUAACCUUAGUUUCAAGAAAAAGAAUAGAUUUUUUGAUGAAAUGGAUGAAAAUUUAAUCUUGGAUGAUUUUGAUGAAAAUGGUCUUUGUUUUAUUGCAAAGAUUUGUUCUUGUUUGAAUACCGUUAAUUUGAGGAAGAGAAGUGGAGUUGUGGAUGCUGGGGUUGUUUCUCUUGUUAGCUUUUUGCCAAAGUUGAUAGCUUUAGACUUAGGUUUUGGUGAUAAGGUUAGUGAUGAAUCACUUAGAGUUAUUGGAAAUGCUAGAUGCGCUUUGAAGAGCUUGAAUUUACAGGGUUGUUGGUUAGUAUCAGAUGAGGGUUUGAAAUCAUUGGCAGAAGGGUGUCUUAGGAUGAGUUUGAAGAAACUAAUUCUUGCUGAAUGUGAUAGGAUUACGGAUCGCGGGGUGUUGAGUUUGAUGCAAAUGUCUUGCUUAGAGGAAUUGGAUUUGGCUGAAUGUGGACCGAAUGUGACUGAUAUUGCUGGUGAGGCAAUUGCUUCGAGUGAGAUUCUUAAGAGGUUGAACUUGUCGUGGCUUGUUAAUGUAUCUGAUGCUACUGUUGUUGCUCUAGCUGAAGGUUGCAAGAAUCUUAAUGCUCUUAAUUUAACUGGCUGUGAAUUUGUCACUGGUGAAGGCGUUCGUGCUUUGACAAAACAUAGGUCAUUGAAAGAGCUCGUUUUGACUAGUUGUGAGAAGCUUAGCGGAUAUGAUUUGGAAGAGUUGGUACUAGGAUGCCAGACAUUAGAAUACAUUGUGGUUGAUAGAAGAUUGAGGAUGUGGGUUCGUAUGGAAGUGCAGGAUAAUAUAAUGAGAGAACACUGUUGGAUAGAUUGGAAAUAACAGAUGAAACGGGAGUUGAAUAUCUCAGUUGAUAUGCAUUGAUCUGUUUUCAGGGUCCCCUCAUUUCUUGGUACCUCUAAGCAGUUAUUACUUCAGGUUUCAACUGUUGAAGAAUGAAUGAGAAAUGGAGUAGCAAUAUUUGCAAAAUCUGGGUUUUGCUAAUUACUGCUUGUUGCUCCUGGGAACAAGUAUAUUUUACGCUGGAAAAUGGAAGUAUUGGGCACUGCAAAAUAGUCGGACUUGAGAACUAUUGCCACACCAAUGUGUAGGGAAUGGUUUCCACAAUAUGAUAUACUCCAUGAAUUACCACGGCAUUUGUACAAUUGAUUCUUGUUGCUCCAGUAACAAGUACAUUGUUCUGUACGUGAGAAAAUGCAAGUAUUGGGCACUGCAAAAUAGUCGGACUUGGAGAGCUGUUGCUACGCCAAGUGUGUAGGGGUGGUGGCGAAGUUGCUUUCUAUUGGUAAUCAGAUCUUCUAGCUGAAUUCACCAUGGGAGAGAAUGCAAAUCGGGCGUGUCUACCGUGAUGCAGCGGUAGCUGUUGUUUCCAAGGCAGAUAUGUAUCCAUAUUUACUAAUAAAUAGAGUCAGGCUAAAAUUAUGGUAUCAACAGUCAUAUGGCCAACUCCAGCUUGCUUGGUGUUGGUGUUGUGGCAUAGUUGUUGUAAUGGUCCACAAAAUUCAGUUGAAGUCUUGACUUCUACUGUUACAUUAUUUCCCUGGUUCGUCCUCCCUGGGUCUCGAGGCCCUCAAUUAUGACCUUCUGUUGAUUUCUUGGAGACAUUUUCAGCUCUGUGUUAGAUCGGUAACGGCUUUAUUUGCUUAUUUACUCAUUUAAUUAUUUUCAGCUAUAUUUUGUUUUCCUA